GACGCAGCGUCUACCAGACUAUUUUUUAUUUUGAUAGUGAAUCAUUUUGUGAUUUGAUUAUAUUAUUCUUUCAAAUGAUUGCUGUUGUUUACUAGACAGUAAUAUCUUAAAACGUUGUAAUAGAACGCAUUCAAAGAUAACGUAUCGUUAAUUUUCAGUGCUAACCUUCUUUUUUUACUUAGUGUUAUUGAGAUGCAAGACGUGAUCGAUAUGUGCAAGAUGUACAGAUGACUCUGCUAUUAUUUUCUUGAUCCUGUUUUUUUUUCUGAUGCGGUGGCGUGGAUAAUUCAUCAGGGAUGCAGGGCGGCGCGCCUGCUUCUGACGCUGAACAAGCGCAGUUCGAGGCUGAUAAGCGCGCUGUCUACAAGCAUCCACUAUUUCCACUCCUAGCUCUAUUACUAGAGAGAUGCGAGCAGGCCACUGCGGGGGCAGAGGCCCCAGCGGCUGACGCUUUCGGAGCUGAUCUGCAGGCCUUCGUACAGCAUCAGAGGAGGGAUAGGCGGCCUUUCCUCGUCGAUGACCCUGAGAUCGACGGGCUCAUGAUUAAGAGCAUACAGGUGUUAAGGAUUCACCUGCUAGAGCUGGAAAAGGUGCAAGAGUUAUGUCGAGACUUCUGCGGACGGUACAUCGCUUGCCUCAAAACCAAGAUGCAGAGUGAAAAUCUCUUGCGGACAGAUUAUUCUGGAGGUGGCGUGGAGAGCAAUAAUAAUUUAUCCGGUACAAUUGAUGAUCACUCGAGUACAUCGAAUUCACCACAGUAUCAGUCUCCCCCGGCCGCGCCGUUACCAGCCCCAGUGUAUCCAGUUUACCCUCCCCCCCACACGGAGCUAACUUUCCCCCCUCAUAGGGAUCCACCGUCUUUAGUAGUCCAAGGUUCGACGCCAAUAAGUCAAAUCGGCGCCGGAUUGAUCUCAAAUGAUUCAUUUACAGGUGCGAACUCAAACAACUCGUGCUCGUCCGUGUCCGGCUCUCCCCCACCCGAGGAGGAGGGGGAGGAAGGUGGCAAGAGGGGGGUGCUCCCCAGGCACGCCACGCAGGUUAUGCGCGCUUGGCUGUUUCAACACCUUGUGCAUCCGUACCCAACCGAAGAGGAGAAGCGUACGUUGGCCGCCCAAACGCGGCUCACGUUAUUACAAGUUAACAAUUGGUUCAUCAACGCGCGACGACGCAUACUACAACCUAUGUUGGACUGUUCUGAUAAACCAGGUGGUAAAAAGAGCAAAAACGGCUCGUCGAUAAGCAAAAGGUAUUGGCCAGAUGCGCUCACAAAUCCACAGUACACUGCUGGUCUCCUUUCAUCAUCAGAGGAUGAAGAGCAGGAAGGUGAUCAGUCUGCUGAUGAGCAGGAGGCGGUGAACGAACAGACUAAUGAACAUUAUCCGCCAUUACAGCAGUCAAUGCACUAAGGGCAAUAAAUGACAGUGAACGUCAAAAAAGACAUACUGUGUAUACCAUAGAUUAUAAGUUAGAACCAUGUAUACGUACGCCAUACCUCACUAUUUUAAUAUGUUUGUAUGUACCUAUAUUUUAAAUGGACGUUUUAAAACAUUUGAGGCUAGUGUCAUAUAAAGUGUUAUUGUCACGAGUUUUGAUAGUAUGAGAUUUUGUGUUAUUAAAGGAAAAAAUCGGUUUCAAAACUGCGUAAAUUAAAAUGUCCAUUUAACCGUUGAUUAUUUUAAACAAUUAUAUGGCAACACCAGACACUAGGCAUUCUCAACUCAUUCAUAAAUCAUAAUUCGUAUGCUAAUGACACAUUACAUUGAACAAGAAAACGAUUAUAUUUGUAAAUUGUACGGUAAAGUCUUUUAGUCACCUAUUUAAUAACUGGUGUUGCCAUGCAAAAAAUACACCCAGUGUUUCAUUGCGUUGAUUCAAUCAUGCUUUGUAUCAUGUAUCGUCAAUUUUUACACCGGUUGUGAGUAAUAGUUUUAGUUUUCUUCCACGAUUUCGACUGAAACAUGUAAUAGUGAUAAAUAAUAUUUUUUACCACAGAACUAGACAAUACCGUCCAUAGACAAAUCGUAUUUAUUUGUACAAAUAAGUUUUUAUAUACUCAUAAUAAUUCUUUUUAGUUACGAGCCAUAUUAGGAUAUACGAGUAAUUAUACGAAAUGCAAAUGUAUACCCAUUAAAACUGUAUACGUUAAAAUAUCGACAAAAUUUUAAAUUUAGAAUUAAAUUUUAAAGUCAUGACAGUAUUCGAUAGGUUAUCAACGUAGGCAUAGAGGAUAGAAUGGCUCAAAAUUCGAAAUUUGAAAUCCAUAUGACAGGUAUAUUUACGGUACGAAAAAUACUUUGAGAAAAAGGUUCUACUUAGCUGUACUGACCACUUAAAGAAUCUGGCUAAUCUGCCAAUCAUUUGUUUCUGGAAUUGGAAUUCGGCUAAUGUAUCAAUUUUUUUUAAUAUCGUUCUUGUAUAUAGUUCAUUCUGACGCCCGAGGCGUAGUCUCUAUCUAGUCCAGUGUAUCCCAACCUUAGAUUCUUAUGCCUAUGUAACAUACAUAAGAUAGUAUUUUUAAAUUAUUGGUUUUAGGAAGAAAUCAUUAGGACAGUUUUAUUAACGAAAUACAGUAAGUAAAUUUUUCUAAAUAAUUUUAAUAUAGAUUUGUCUUUAUUAUUUUAGUGAGUUUCUUGAUGUAUGCCGCACAGAAAUUUUCUUUUAGGUUCCAAUUUGGUUAUCUUCAGUCUCAAAACAUUGUAUAUCUGGCUGAUUUCGAUUGGCCCCCUUAACAAUGAAAUUGCCCCGCUACGGGGCGCGGGCCACACGUUGGGAAACACUGAUCUAGUCCAAAGUUCUACCCACUUUUAAAUAAUUAUCAAAUAAUGUUCUCUAAUUCUAUGUCCAACAAAACAGCGAUUUCAAGUAUUUUAGUAUGUAAUUAAAAUUAUAAAUAGGACCGUGUCGCGAAAUUUUAACACUGUGGUUGAAGCAAUAAUAUUUUCAAUGCCACAUAUGUAUACGGAAUUAGUUGUCUUCAAUAAGCUUUGAUCUUCCAUUAUUUUAAAAAUUAACGUAAGAGAGAUAUUUUGUUAUAUGAUUAGAGCGUUCGCAUAUUUGGAACGCGCGUUUUGCACGAACACAACUCAACCACACACACACACCUCACAGAUGUCUCUUUUCAAUACAGGAUAAUACGAUUUGAGAGACAGAGACAAAUAGCUGUAUAUGAAUCAUAUUACGUCUUGACCAUCCUGAAGUUACUAGGCCCCGAGUUUGCUGUUUGAAUUGACUUCUCACAAUAAACAUCCACCUACUGCCACACAAUAAUAUCUGACUUUAAAAGUUUUUUAGUAAUUAAUUAAUUUGUUUAAUUACUUAUACUAAUCAAGUCCUAAUUGUACAGGUUUUAUUUGCGUACUAUUGAAAUAGUAAACUCUGGGCCUCGGGCACGUAUACGCAUUGUGGCGUACUCAGUUACGUAUAAGCUCGUGUGCGAGGUUGAAGAACGUUAAGUAAUGAGUUUUAUAUUAAAGAGCGAGACGUUAUCGUUAAAGUUAUAAAUAUGCGAACGUUUGCUUAUUGAAAUUGGUUAAACGUGAUUUAAGCUGUGACUCUUAGCGUGUAAGCUUAACUGACAUUUGUACUAAAUUAAAGUCUUUAACUGAGUAGUGAGGGAGUUAUAAGAAAGUGGGUUCUAUGUACGGGAGAUGAGAAAGAUUUCACGGUGAAUGCAGAUGUCUGGCUGGGGCUUCGUUUAAGUUUGAAGCUUUCUUGUGCAUAGACUUUUCUGUGCCAUUCCCUUUGCAAUUGUUUUCGUUAUAUUCUUUGAUGCGUUUUGUAAAUAUAAAUUUGUCUAAAUUAUUCUUGAAUGUAUUACAUUAUACAUUCAAACGUAUUAUUUGUCUUAAAGUGUGAUAAAGAUACACUAUACCAUAGAUAUAGAGAAAGGCACAGAUGUAUUUGAGCUGUGCGUGCUGUUUGACAUGUACACUAAAAUUUACGCACGUAAUGGGAUUUUGAAAAGGUUUUUUUUCCUAAGUAUCCAAAGCCGAGAUCAUGGUAAAAUUAAUAAAAGCUUUUGUUCUAUGGUUUGAAGAAUUUUCAUGUAGACUGUUUUUUUUUUAAUAAUUGACAUUUAGUUGUAGAUUAAGUUUAAAAGUUUUACGAAUGACAGUUUGACGUGACAACGCCAUAACAUAAUAUUGGAUGAAAUGAUUGAAUACUGUUUUUUAAAUUGAAUCAUUAUCAUUGUAUGGUGACAAAGGAGUGAAUCUGUGGUCGCAUAGACCAAUCAAGUGGAACGUCGUAACGGCACUAUGAGUCAUCGUCGUUCGUGCAACCGGCUUUGAUCGAUUUAUUAGACGCUGUCACGUCAAAAAGUCAUAGAAUUCAAACGUAAUCAUUAUAUAAUACCUCAUUAAUCUUCUCUAUGUCUUUGGUCUAUGGUAUUAAAUCACAGGCUAUUGUUUUAAAAUCUUAGAUGAUAAUGUAAUCUGUUAUACGAAACAACGGAUAUACGUAAAAAAUUGUGAGAUAAACAUUUUUAUAAACUUUUAAUUCGAUUGUACCUAUCUAUAGUAUAUAUAUAAAAAAUGUAUUUUUAAACUAUUUUAAUCAAUAAUGUUUUAUUCUAAGAAAAGUCCGAUCUAGUAUACUGUAGGUUAAUGCUUGUUUAGACAUUUUAUAGUUUUUUCAAACUUUAACAACUCAUGAAACUUUGUAUAAGAUGUAUAAAGUUAUUUUCUUUGUCUGAAUCGUUUAAUGGUGGUUUCGGUUUUUUCGUUUCAAUUGAGUUGUUAUAAGUUUGAUUGAACUAAAUUAGGCUCAGUUGUAUUCAUAGGUGAAUCAUAAUACUAUCAGAUAUGUAUUGUUUAAAAUAUUAAUUGUAUUUGUUGGAUGUUAAACACGUUCAUUAAAUAUCUUAUGAAAAUAUUAAGUUACUUUCCAAUAAAAAAAUGACUUGUAAAUCUCGGUCAUUUCGAUUCCCGUCGAAACAAUAAUUAUUACGGGUUUCUUGUAUACUAUACUAUACAGCUAAUGUGUAAGCAAUAAAAACGACACAUAAAUGUGUCUGCCCCCAUGCUCAGCUGUAACUUAUUGUCUGAUAAUUGAAAUAUUUUUGUUAGAUUUAUAAUCUGCCAAUAUUUGUAUAGUAUUGUGACCGUCUAUGGCUAGAGUAAAAGUUGAUUAAUGUAUAAAUAUCGCAUAAUGUUUUACUAGUCAAUAACGCUAUGUACUUUUGUACUUCUAUGAAAUGCCUAAAUUGUAAGAUUUGUCAGAAUUGCCGAUGAAAAUGUCGUUAAAAAAUUAAAAAUUACACCAAUUUUGACAAAUCCUAUGUACUGUACAGUUUGCUGAAAAUAUAAUCGUUUUCGCA